UUUUUUGGUAUGGUUUUUUGGGGUUUGGUUUGGUUUGAUUUUUCCAAGUGACUUUCGUGUGGAUAUGCAGAAACCAUUCAUCCUUUGAAACAUCUUGAUUUUUGUUGGAAGUUUGAGAAUUGGUAUCCUGGUUUCAGUCAUGACAGUUGUUUAUUGGAGUAGAGAUGAAGGUUGGGAAAUUUUAAUGCACAGGGUAAUUCUUUGAGGGAAUUUUUUAGAGAAGUACUCCUGCACACUGUUCAUGGUGACAGUCCUGUGACUCAGUGAGAGCUUCUGGCGUUUCUGCCAGUGAUUUCUCCGGAUUUUUAAAGGAGGUGAUGGCUGAAUUAUAAAUAGACCAUAGGUUCCAUCUGUACAUUUCAAAGCUACAUCUAGAGGUUCCCAGAAGGUGGAUGUGCAUUUUUGGCCCCUGGGCUGGUUCUGGCUAUGAUAUCUUUCCAAAAGGGCAGCUGAUUUAGACUCCAGGCACACAGACACACUAAAGUCCAUGUGGUGAGAUGCUCACUUGGUGUCUUGUUCCUGUACAGCACACGUGCACUCCAGUUCAGUCCUUUGCUCCCUUAUGUCUGCUAUGUGUUUCCAUUGGAAAUUUUCCUGAGUGCCAAAAUCCUUGCAGUGUCAUGUGGGAGACCAGUGAAACAGAAGAAAAAUUGUCUGGGAAGUGAUAAAAUCUGUGCCAGAAACUACACAUUGUUUCUGAUGUUCUGAGUUGCCCAGCCUCUCUUACUAGUUCAUUUUAAGGAAUCGAUAGAAUUAAGUGUGUCAUUAAAAAUAAAUGUAUAAAUAAGUAUGUACAAGUUUACUUCUGAAUUAUUUUUCUUUUCAGGGCUGGGUUAUGUGAUUGCCCAUAUGUGCAUUUGAAGUACAUGCAUACACGUGUGUUUUGCUGUGCUUCUCUGCUAACUAAGCCCACUUUUAAAUGGAUGUAUUACCUUGGUGUCAUUUGGGCAUUCUUAGCACAGAAAGGAUGAACUAUGCAGUUUCCUUCAAGGACACCAGUAUGUCUGUUCAGAGCUCUGCCAGAGGAUGUCCGAAUUACCUACCAGCAUCAGAGCCUGGAAAGUAAUGUGCUGGAUGCCUAAAAAGAGCUAUGAAUCUCUAGUAGCUCAACCAGGCUUGCUUUUGCAAUAAAGCACACGUCUGUGUCAUCUCCAGUUCUGGAGAUGCUCAGUGGUGCUUUCCAGCCAGCAAUAAGUGCUGUCAGUCGUUGAUGGCUAAUGUAAGCAGCCCCUUUGUAGAGACACAGUGUCAGUGGUGUUCAUUCUGGGUGGGCAAGCAGACACUGACUUGCUGCCAUUGAAGUGGCAUAGUGUUUUAGAGUGGUGCUGGCUGUCCCACAAGGCUUUGAGUAUAUGAGAGUGACUUCCUUCUGCAUGAAUUUGCUUGGCUAGAGUGUGAACUGGGUGAGUGUGACCAGCAGUUUAAAGCAUAAGUGAUGGUUCUGCCUCCUUUGCAGAUUUGGGAAGGCUUUUGGAUCGUUGUCUAGGUGUUGGGGCACAGCCUGCUGGAGGCACUGGAAGUGGACUGGUUCCUGGUCAUGCCCGGUGGAAGGAGGGGACCCAGCCGGCAGCAGCUAAGCCGUUCAGCUUUGCCUUCUCUCCAAACUCUGGUUGGCGGGAGCUUUGGAAACGGUACUGGUUUGAGAAACAGGAAUGGUUGUGCCAUCAGCCUCUCGGCACCUCCAAUCACAGCACUGAUUACUCCAGAGCCUGUGCGUCACUGCCGGAUCCCUGAGUUGCCUUUGGAUGGGAGCCUUCUCUUUGAAUUCCUGUUCUUCAUCUACCUUCUGGUAGCCCUCUUCAUUCAGUACAUCAACAUCUACAAGACUGUCUGGUGGUACCCAUACAAUCACCCUGCUUCCUGCACCUCACUGAAUUUUCACCUCAUUGACUACCACCUGGCGGCGUUCAUCACAGUGAUGCUGGCACGGAGGCUGGUGUGGGCCAUUAUCUCUGAGGCCUCUCAAGUGGGUGCAACAUCACUGAUUUGCUACAUAGUGCGCCUGGUGCUGCUCACCCUCUGUGGAUGGGUGCUCUGCUGGACUCUGGUCAACCUCUUCCGCAGCCAUUCUGUUCUCAACCUUCUCUUCCUGGGCUACCCGUUUGGUGUCUACGUCCCUCUGUGCUGCUUCCACCAGGACAGCAGAGCACAGCCUCUACCUUCAGACUGUGGUUACUUGGUACAGGACCAGGUGGCAGAUGAUGGGGCUUCAGCUGUCAGCAGCCUGGUCAAAGACUUCUUCUCGCUUCUGUGGGAAUCCCUGAGAGAACAGUUCAAUAAUCCUACGUCUAUCCCCACCCACAGCUGCCCCCUUUCCCCAGAUCUCAUCCGCAAUGAGGUGGAGUGCCUAAAAGCAGACUUCAACCGCAGGAUCAAGGAAGUUCUCUUCAACUCUCUCUUCAGUGCCUACUACGUGGCAUUCCUGCCACUGUGCUUUGUGAAGAGCACCCAGUACUAUGACAUGCGCUGGUCCUGUGAGCACCUCAUCAUGGUGUGGAUCAAUGCCUUUGUCAUGCUCACCACGCAGCUGCUGCCUCCUAAGUACUGUGACCUGCUCCACAGGUCUGCCGCCCACCUCGGCAAGUGGCAGAAACUAGAACAUGGCUCCUACAGCAAUGCUCCACAGCACAUCUGGUCAGAAAACACAAUAUGGCCACAGGGAGUUCUGGUGCGACGGAGCCGGUGCCUGUAUAAAGCAGUUGGGCCUUACAACGUAGCAGUGCCUUCAGAUGUGUCCCAUGCCCGCUUUUAUUUCCUCUUUCACCGUCCCUUACGGCUGCUCAACCUGCUGAUUCUCAUCGAAGGUAGUGUGGUCUGCUACCAGCUCUACUCCCUGCUGCGCUCAGAGAAGUGGAACCACACCCUCUCCAUGGCCCUCAUCCUUUUCUGCAAUUAUUAUGUCUUAUUUAAGCUCCUUCGGGACCGGAUAGUAUUAGGCAGGGCAUACUCCUACCCACUUAACAACUAUGGACUCAAGGCACACUAGGCCGGCCAGUCUUCUCUUCCUCAUCCCGCAGGGUAGGGAGGGAACCUCAGAAAAAAAAAAUAUUUUCGUACACUUCUAUUUUUUUCUUGCGACGUUUAUAAAUAUUUAAAAUAUUUUAUAUUUUGUAUACUAUUGUUUUUGUGGGGCGGGAGGGGAACCAGUGGCAAUUAAAUGUUGCUUUAUAAACAAGGUGUUAUUUUAUAUAUAUAUAUAU